GCCUUCUCGGCGCGCGCGGCAAGCGGGAGCCGGGGGCGGUGAGGUGGCCCCAGUGCUCCGAGGCGAUGGCCAAGGACCGAGAUGUUCGAUUUGUCACCGAGGAAAGCUUUGACUUCGGCGUGCUGUCCCCGUCUGACAGCCAGGAGGAAGAGGAGGAUGAGGAUAGCCCAGGCAGGGGGUGCCGGCACGGGAGCGGCAAUGGGCGCUGGAGUCCCCUGAGUGGGGCCCGUCUGGAAGAGAUGGUGCGGGAGGCCACGCGCUUGGCAGCACAGUUGGAGGGGUGUCACUUGCCCUCUCCCGCUCCCAGAGACCCCCCAGGACCUGCUGCCACGCCCCCCAGCACACCCCGCAGCCCCCGCCGCCAGACCUUCGUGGUGAAGGACAGCCCGGUGCGGGCACUCCUGCCCACCGUGGAGUCUCGGGGACCUGCCCCCAUCCCCCACCUCCCCACCAAGCUCCGGGGAGCCUCUGCUGCCACCAGUGUCCCCAAGGUACCCCCCAGCCGUAAUUCCACAGCAGCCGCAAAGGGACCCUCGGGUGGCAGGGGGCUCCGCCCCAGCUGUGUGCCCCCCCCCCGGCCAUGCCCUCCUCAGGGGCAGGGGGCUGGUGCCCGCGGCCGGUCAGAGCCCACCCGGGGGGGGACAGCAGGCCAGGCUAAGGCGAGGGGGGGCACAGUCCCCUGCCCCCCCACCACCCGCCAGCCCCACACCAGGACCACCACCACCCCUGUCCCCUCCAGCUGUUCCCCGGCAUCCACUGUCCUCCCCAGGGUGCCCCCUCGGACUCCAGCAGCAGGUGGGAGGACCCCCACCCCCAGAGGCGCAGGCGCAGCACGGGCAGCCCCCACAACUGGUGCCUCAGGGUGCAAACCAGGACCCCCCCCUGCCCGCCUGCGGCCCCCCCGCAAGAUGGCGGUGAGCAGCACCCCAAGGUGAUACCCCCAAACCACACACACCCAUCCAGAGGCCCUGGAGGCACCCAGACCCCCCCCUAGGUACUAGCCAAGGUACCUAGGCUGGGGUGGGCAGAGCCAAGGCCACCCCAGGGAUGAGCUGAGGCAUCCACUGGGUUUUGGAAGGAGGCAGGCAGUUCCAGGGGCCCCCAGGAAUCAGCUAAGGCACCUGUGGGGUUGACAGGUGGUGAGGCAGAGUUGGAACCCCAAGGGACCAGCUGAGGUUGGGGUGGCAGAGCCAGGGGCCUCCCCCAGGGAUGAGCCGAGGCAUUAAUUGAGUUUUGCUUUAAUUACAAAAGGUCUCAUCAGCAGUAGGAACUCCCCAUGUCUCCCAGCACCUAGGGGUCUCUCAUCCCCCCAGCACCCAUCCCUGGGUUCCCCCACCUGAGCCUCACCCCUGACCCAGACAUCCCUGUAACCUGUAGCUGAUCCCCCUUCCACAUGCCCCCCACCUGGGGGAGUUGGCACCAUGGGACAGGUUGCACCUUCAUGAGGGUUGGAACAAUGGACAAAGUUGGUAAUAAACUCCUUUUUUUUUGUA